AGUUUAAAACAGACAACGAUACAUGGGAAGAAACAUUGAGAAGAGAAAACAUAAUACAGCGAAAUAUAACAGAAAAAGAGAGAGAGAGACAAUUAUACUUUCUUAUACACACAACAUAUAUAUAUAUAUAUAUUUAUACAGAAACGAUAUAUGUAGAUAGAGAAACAAUAGCGACAACUAUACAUAUAUAUAUAUAUAUAUAGGUAUAUAGAUUAUAUAAAUUUACUUAUUUAUUUGUUUGUCCAUUUAUUUAUUUAAAUAUUUAUUUAUUUACACACCCAAAGUGUUUAUAUAUAAAGCUGUAUCAAAGAUCAACAACUUCAGUGCCUGGAACUCCAACAGAAGAAUCUUAUUAAAGAAAAUGGCCGGUCUUUGGAGAAUCGUUCUUUUAGCAACAAUUACUUUGAUGUGUGUGACAUCACAAUGGGUUAUCUAUGUCCAGGCUGAAGAAGCUUCAAGCAGCGACGAAUUGGUGAACAGUGCGAAUGAAGCUGAACCUGAAAUGGAUAGUGAAGAUGAUCUGAAACGAGCAAAUACAUUUCUUCGAAUAGGUAAAGCAAACGGAAUUUUACGUUUAGCUCGAAGCCCUAGUUCUUUCCUGAGAAUUGGACGUCGCCCCCCAUUGCACUUUGUUAGAAUCGGUAAAGCUCCAUCAAGCAUGUUUCUAAGAAUUGGCAAAAGAGUUGAUGAUAGCGAAAAUGAAGAUCUAAACGACUACGAUGCAGAUAAAAUGUCAGGGCGUGAUACCAGAGCCAGUCCAUCUUCGUUUCUUAGAAUUGGAAAAUCAGGAAAUGAAGUAGAAGAUGAAAUUGAUGACACGGAUGAAACUGUUAAACGUGUUAACGCAUUUCUACGUAUUGGUCGACAAAACGAUCCAUCUUCAUUCCUGAGAAUUGGUAAAAGUUUGAAUAAUGAAGAUCUCUCUAAGGACAAACGUACCAACGCUUUCCUCAGAAUCGGAAAAAUACCCGCCUCAUCAUUCAUUCGCUUAGGUCGUGGACCUUUCACAGAAGAUAAUGGCAUCAACACUCGUGGAUUCCGCGGUCCGACACGGGGCUUUUUAAGGAUUGGCAAACGCGCAGCGAUCCCUGAUGGAAGCCAUGCCGAUUAUUUCAGUGAUCUAAACGUCAAAUCUCAAUGAGUCUACUACUAUUAAUAAAAGAAACCGGUUAAAGGGAACAAUUUAGAAUUAAAAGAAAAGAUUACCAUUUGGAAAUGAUUCUGAAACGAAUAAGGACUAUCACCGACGCAAUGAAACAAGAAAC